CCUAUUGGCGGAGGUGUAAGCCAUCUCUUGUCUCUCUCGAGAGGGAAGAGAGAGAGAGAAUGUGUGAGUGUGUUUGUGUGUCACAAAGCAAAGCAGCGUACCCCGCAACCCAGAAAGUAGCAAAUGCCAAAUGGUAGUGCAGUAAUAGCAUUGUAGCGUAGUAAGAGAUAGAGAGAGAGAGAGAGAGAAAAAAGACACCACCAUCACCACAACCAACUAGGUCUCGGUCGGAAAGUUGCUACAAAAAAAGGCUUCGCCUUCUUCUUUGCUCUCUUCAUUUCUCAGCUAAAGUCUGGAUUUUUGGGGGCUUUUGAUCGUGGGUUUUCGGUUGCUUAAUCUGGGCUGUGACCAAAUUCCCCUUAUCUCCUUUGUUUGCUUGAUGUAGAAUCUUCUCUGGGUAUUUCGCUUCUGAUUCCUGUUGGGUAUUUAUGUUCUUAUUUUUGUUUGAAGAUGGUUGUUGGUACUAGUUGUGGAUUAUAGUGAUUUGGGGAAGUCUAUAGAUACAACUAAGAACAAAGGAUAAGGAUGGCAGCAGAGUCAAACGCUGGAUUUCACAAUGAAGAUAUAGAUUCCGUGUUGAGCAGGCAUGCAAUAUCAUUUCAGCCUGGUGCUAUUAAUAGCCUAUCCGAGAUGGUUCCAAUGGGUAAUUAUUUUGGGUUAAGUAGUUCGUCUGGGAUGAUAUAUUCUGGGAAUUCAACCAUCAUUAACAGCAACCCUGUCAUAAGUCAAGCUGGUAACCCAUCUGGUUCUUCUCUUCUUCUUGACUCGGUACCGGGGCUGAAGCACGACACAGGGUUGGCAGUUGAGUGGUCUGUUGAUGAACAAUACAAAUUGGAGGAGAGCCUUGCCAAAUAUGCUGAUGAACCAAGUAUAAUGAGGUAUAUCAAAAUUGCUGCCAUGUUGCCUGAUAAAACUGUUCGUGAUGUUGCUUUGAGGUGUAGGUGGUUGACAAGAAAGCGAAGGAAACCAGACGAACACAGUCUGGGAAAGAAGGUCAAUAACAGAAAGGAUAAGCCAGUGGAGUCAACGUCAAAGACAAAUUUUCAUUCAGUUCUGUCUCCAAACAUGGCUACAUACUCUCGCAUGUCACACCAUAUGAUGGACCAAAGUCAACGGAUACUAUAUGAUGGAAUUUGUAGUCCUUUGAAGCAACUGUUGGAACAAAAUGCUCAAGCUUUUAGUCAAAUCACGGCCAAUUUGUCUACUUACAAGUUGCAGGAUAACAUCGACCUCUUUUGCCACACAAGGCACAAUAUUAAUACCAUUCUUAAUGACAUGAGAGAGAUGCCUGGCAUUAUGAGCCAAAUGCCACCACUGCCUGUUACCAUUAACGAGGAUCUUGCUAGUAGUAUUUUGCCUAAUAGAACUUAGCAAUUCAAGCUGUGGAAACUGCUGACUCCAUCAACAUUGGGUACGCAAAUCGAGGUUCACAUUUUUACGUGGAAGUCUUAGCUGCAACUGUUUUGGUGCUGCAUGUGAUUGAGGAUCCGGGGAGUAACUGAUAUCUUCACAAUCUCAGGACUUUCCACUGUUUCUAAUCCAUCUUUGAUCUUACUGCUCCGUGGUUUAUUUAUUUUAUUUGAAGGAAAACUUGGAACUCCUGUUGUAUAAAUAAAAACAUUUUCCUCGCAAAAGAAAAGAAAAGAAAAUGAAAAUAGGAAAGCAAUUAAUAUAACAAUGGUUUGAGCUGAAAUGCACCAUUAUUGAUUUCAGAGUGCAGGUGUUUUUCCCAUGCCUUAGGAACUGUUGUAGAUUUAUGAUGCUAGUUUGCCAUCGACGUCAAAUUUAAGUAAUGGUGAUAUUUAACGGUUGAUAGGUAUUAUGCAUUGUGUGAAGGUAAAUCAUUAUUUACAUAAUUUCUUGGACUUGUUUCGGUUUGUGGUUCACUGCUUCUUCUGCUUGCUUUGAGGGGUCAAUCCUUCAAUUGAUUUGGAAAACCGUACUUAAUCCAAGCUUAUGAUUUAUUUAUUGUGUAUUUGAGCAGAGAUGAAGAAAACAAUACAUUUUUGUUAUUAUUGAAAUGGUAAUGUAUUUAUGGUC